CGCCGCCGCCGCCGCCUCCGCUGCUGCCCACCCCUCUGCGCCGCGCCUCUAGCGCGGCCGGUCCUGCAAGCGGCCGCCGGGGAGGGGCGGCCGAGAGAGCAGAGCACGAGGAGGAGGAGAAGGAGGAAGAGGAGGAGGUGGAGGAGGAGGCGGCGGCAGAGAAGUGAUGCUGGCGCCGGGGAUCCGGGCAGCGGUAGCGGAGCAGCAGCAGCAUCUCCGGGACCCUGGUUGCGGCGUCCCCGUGGCCCGCGAGCAAUCCGAGCGACUGGAGAGCGCGCGCCCCGCCGGCUCAUUAGAGACACUGCAAGAACUCUUCGGUCCAGGAGUAGUGGGUUCCUUUGAAGACACAGAUGCCUUACCUCCAGAGGAGUGCUGAAGUUUUCAUUAUAAGUGAGAAAAUAUUUCCUUCCUACCCUGAAACUGGAGCCUCAGCUGCUUCUGCCAGGGAGAUGACUAGAGAGAUGGUUCUCCAGUCCCAAAAGUUUCGGCAGUUUGCUUGGCAACAACUUCUCCUGGAAUGAGCGGCUAGAAAUCUCCUCAUCAGAGGGACCGUGCCUUGUCUCCUGUCUCUGCAGUAGAAAGUGGUUUAACACAUCAAGCUUGGCCCAAAAGAAUAAAGAGGAUGAUUUGUGAGUCAUAGAACCUUCAUUCAGGUUUGGAAGAAAACAAUGAAUGCCGAGAUGCCAGACAGCCACUGAGAUCCAUGGACAGAUCCACACUCACGCAUCUUUCUCGAAACUUAAGAUUUAUUAAUAAUAUGCUGCCUCUGAAAGAAGACAAUAAACUAGUGCCAAGAAGGCAUAUUCUUCCACAUCUGGAGUAGACCUGCUUUCAACACAAUGGCUUCAAAGGUCUCCUGUUUAUAUGUUUUGACAGUUGUGUGCUGGGCCAGUGCUCUCUGGUACUUGAGUAUAACUCGUCCUACUUCUACCUACACUGGCUCCAAGCCAUUCAGCCACCUAACAGUUGCCAGGAAGAACUUCACCUUUGGCAAUAUAAGAACUCGACCUAUAAACCCACAUUCUUUUGACUUUCUAAUAAAUGAGCCCAACAAAUGUGAGAAAAACAUUCCUUUCCUUGUUAUCCUCAUCAGCACUACCCACAAAGAAUUUGAUGCCCGCCAAGCCAUCCGAGAGACCUGGGGGGAUGAGAACAACUUCAAAGGGAUCAAGAUUGCCACUCUUUUCCUCCUGGGUAAGAAUGCUGAUCCGGUUCUGAACCAGAUGGUAGAGCAAGAGAGCCAAAUUUUCCACGAUAUCAUUGUGGAGGAUUUUAUUGACUCCUACCAUAACCUAACCCUCAAAACAUUAAUGGGGAUGAGAUGGGUGGCCACUUUUUGCUCAAAAGCUAAGUAUGUCAUGAAGACAGACAGUGACAUUUUUGUAAACAUGGACAACCUUAUUUAUAAGCUUCUAAAACCCUCCACCAAGCCAAGAAGAAGGUAUUUUACUGGAUAUGUCAUAAAUGGAGGCCCAAUCCGGGACGUCCGCAGUAAAUGGUAUAUGCCCAGGGAUUUGUACCCUGACAGUAACUACCCACCAUUCUGUUCAGGGACUGGCUAUAUCUUCUCAGCUGAUGUGGCUGAACUCAUUUACAAGACCUCACUCCAUACAAGGCUGCUUCAUCUUGAAGAUGUAUAUGUGGGACUGUGUCUUCGGAAGCUGGGUAUCCAUCCUUUCCAGAACAGUGGCUUCAAUCACUGGAAAAUGGCCUACAGUUUGUGUAGGUAUCGCCGAGUUAUCACUGUGCAUCAGAUCUCCCCAGAAGAAAUGCACAGAAUCUGGAAUGACAUGUCAAGCAAGAAACAUCUCAGAUGUUAGGAUUUUUACCGAUGUAUAUAUGUGUUUCUUUUCUUUUUUGAGAAAUGAGGCUGAGGGUGUUGGUAUUUUACAUGUGUCACCAAAAGAAAUAUUUUGGUGAAGGGGUUUUGUAAGGAGGUGUUUUUUUUUCCUUCUCAUUCCUAGUUCCUUUCUUUGAUUACCAAUUUGCAAGUGUUAGGUUUGUGUUAUAGAAACAAAAUAUGAGGUAUAGGGCCUGAUUAUGUCCUAAGGUCCUGAGGCAUUGCCAUUUAUCAGCAAAAGCAACUGCCUAAUGACUGUUAGUAUUUACUUACUGUGCAACUGAGAUAAAAAUCUGGUUCUGGGAAACUGAAAGUCACAAUCAUGUCUUAAUAUCAUCUAUGUAAAAAUAAUCCAAAUCAAAAACAAUUUAGAAGUGAGGUGCAGUCAGGAAGACACACUUGAUGUGAUUAUUUAUAAUGUGUAUGCUGUUGCGUUGAAUUUUUUCCUAUAUUGCCAUGUAAUGUAUAAGGUAUUUUCAGUUCCACCAAGAGAUGA